AUUAUUUCUUUCCAAUCAAUAGAAGCGUCUUUGUUGAGAACCAAGAGGAAAACACAAUGAAACUGUAAGUGAAUUCCUCUCGUUUAAUCACUUUCUCUGCCAAGGUUCCGGUUUGUCUCCUUUACCAGGAGGCAUAGUCUUUCAUUUGAAAGAGGUUUCUGUUGAUGGGUGCUCCCAAACAAAAGUGGACUGCAGAAGAAGAAGCUGCCCUUAAAGCUGGAGUGCGUAAACAUGGGAUGGGAAAAUGGCGCACUAUACUCAUGGACCCGGAGUUCAGUGAUGUCUUGCAGUCACGUUCCAAUGUUGAUCUCAAGGACAAAUGGAGAAAUAUUAACGUGACUGCAAUAUGGGGAUCUAGGCAGAAGGCCAAACUAGCACUUAAGAAGAGCCAACCUACUUCUAAGAACGAGGGCAAAAUGAUGGCUCUGAGCACCGAAAUUCAGACAGUUGAUGAAGGUCUAGAUGUUAAUCCUCCAGCAGUUUCUAGUGGAAUGCCAAGGAAUGCUAGUUCCAAAGAACCAGUUAAAAGAUUGGAUAAUCUUAUAUUGGAGGCUAUUACCAAGUUGAAGGAGCCAAGUGGUUCCGACAAAGCAUCCGUUGCUUCAUACAUAGAGGAGAAAUAUGGGGCACCAAACAAACUCAAAAGGCUUGUGGGAACAAAGUUAAAGCUUUUGACAGCAAGCAGCAAAUUGAUCAAGGUAAAGCAUAAAUACAGGAUUGCACCUAGUUCAACAUUUUCUGAACCGAGAAGAUGCCCUCCUCAAUUACUCCUAGAGGGAAGGAAGAUGGAUUCUUUAAAACCUGAGAAACCUGACCCUAACAAUGUAAUUGAGCCUCAGACUUCAAAAGCAGAGCAGGGAAGCAUCAACAUAUUUACCAAGCCCCAGAUCAAUGCUGAGCUUUCAAAGAUGAGGAACAUGACAGCAGAGGAAGCUGCUGCAGCUGCUGCACAAGCAGUUGCAGAGGCUGAAAUUGCGAUUGCAGAGGCUGAAGCAGCAGCAAGGGAGGCAGAGGAAGCAGAAGAGGAAGCGGAAGCAGCACAAGUAUUUGCCAAAGCAGCAAUGAAGGCAUUGAGAUAUAGGAACCUUCAUACGUGAUGACGCGAACUUGGAAAAUUAGUGAUGGCUAUCCUAACCAUUCAGUGUAAGCUGGGAUCGUGCCAUGCAGCAGUGCCAAUCGUCGCUUUGUCCGUACUUGUAAAUUGAAAGGGCGUGUGAAACACGCGUCCCUUGGGGACUUUGAGUGAUUAGUAACUUGCCUCCUUCAUUCGUUUAACUUUACAAUGAGAGGAUUUCAGGGUAUUGACAAGUAUAGGCAAAAGGAAAUCUUGAUGACAGAAUAUGUUGUCUAGAUGGCUACUAUGUUCGAAAGGGUAAAUGGAUAUGAUACUAAAGUUUUUGAUUCUCGGACUUGAA